AUGCAUGAGAAAUACGGCCCCAUCGUUCGCAUAAACCCUCAUGAGGUCCACUUCAAUGAUCCAGACUUCAUCGACUCCAUCUUUCCGGGACCUGGGCGGAAGACAAACAAGUACUUCUUUACCGGCAGGCGAACAGGAACUGCGGAGUCCAUCGUCGCAACUAUAGACCAUGAUAUGCACCGAAGACGUCGUAACGCCAUCAGCGGAUUCUUCUCUACGGCAAGUAUUCGCAGACUGGAGCCCAUCAUUCAAGAGCACUUGAAAAAGUUACUUGCGCGGAUGCAAGAUGCUGGCAAAGCAAGCGAGGUGUUGCCUAUGCACUACGUUUUCCGGGCUUUCACAAGCGACCUGAUUACAGAAUACGCAUUCGGUGACUCGUUUCAUUUUCUGGAGAAGAGCGAUUUCGCCAUGCCGUACAUGUUGUCGACGGACGUAUUUUUUAUCCUCAACCACACUUUCUGCCACUUUCCUUGGGUCGGCACAUUGCUGGCUUUAGCCCCACCGUGGGCCGUCAAGACGUUCAUCCCAUCAUUGACAGAAAUGUGGGACAAACAGAUGAUGUGGAUUGAAAAGGUUGAGGAAAUCAGAAACUCGAAAAACCCUGACAGUGCGAAGAACACGAUCUUCGAGGGAAUACUAAACAGCAAGCUCCCUGACGAAGAGAAAACCAUUCCGCGACUUGCACAUGAGGCACAGCUUGUCGUCUUUGCUGGUGAGGGUACAACAGCAUACACACUACAAGCUGCCAUUUACCAACUACUCGCCAAUCCAGCUGUCUUCCACAAAGUCAAAGCCGAGAUCACUGCCGCCCUUCCUGACCCCGAAAAAGUGCCAUCCUUCGCAAAGGUCGAGAAGCUACCGUAUUUGAGUGCCAUCAUUCAAGAAACAGUACGCCUUCACCCUGGCGUCGUUUCCAGGCUACCUCGAGUCUCGCCAGAUGUUCCUAUCAUUUACCAUGACAAGCGCAGAGGAAAGGAGUAUGUCCUCCCUCCAGGGACGUCGACAAAUAUGACUACACAGAUCGCGCACAUGAAUCCAGAGGCCUUUGAAGAUCCCCACGAGUUCCGCCCUCAGCGAUGGAUCGACAACCCAAGACUUGACAAAGGAUUCAUCGGAUUUGCUAGAGGCACUAGAAACUGCAUUGGCAUGAACUUCGCACGUCAAGAAAUGUCAAUGGUGCUUGCUUCAAUCAUCCGCAAAUACGAUAUUUACAACGGCCAAGAGGGUCCUUCGCUCGAGUUAUUCGAUACCACACGGGAAAGAGAUAUUGACCUCAACCAAGACUACAUCAUUCCAUUCCCAGCAAAAGGGAGCCAGGGUCUGCGGAUAAAAGUGCGAAAUUGA